CAAGUAAUUUUAAAAUUUGAUGCAAAAUAUAUAGUUUUUUAAUCCUGAAAUUCCUUAUCAGACUCUUAAAAGAAAUGACAAGUGCAUGAACUGUGAUUUUAACAUCUUUUAUCAUUAUUGCUGUACCUUUGAAGAGUUGACUUCAAUUUCUUUGAUGGAGUUCGCUUAUUCUUCUUCAUCGUCAUCAUCUUCUUCCUUCUUAAAAUCAGAACCCCAUUUCAUAUACGAUGUAUUCAUCAAAUUUUGGGGAGAAGAUAUCGGUAAAAAGUUCGUUUCUCAUCUCCAUUCUGUCCUUUUACAGGAGCAAGUCAAAACUUUGAUUAAUGAGGAGACUCUUCAGGAGGGAAUGAAGUUUGCAGAACACAUGCGAGCCAUAGCUGCUUCUAAGAUCGUAAUAAUAGUUUUCACCAAAACAGACGCUAAAUCUAGCAGCCGCUGUAUUCUUGAGGUUGAAAAGAUCCUCGAGUACCACCAAACUUUUGGCCAAAUAGUUCUGUCCGUAUUUUACGAGAUUGACCCAUUAGAUGUACGUUUCCAAAAGGAUGGUCUUGGAAUAGCGUUAGCAAAAGCUGCACUCAUAAGUUCAGGAAAAGAACUGGAAUACUGGUGGUGUAGACAACCUGCAGGUAUCUUUGGUUGGGAUGUCAGAGAUUUCAGACAUGAUGCUGAACUUGUGAAGGUAAUUGUUAGCCAUGUUCAGACAUUGCUAGGCUAUGCAGACAUGUCUAUUCCCCGAUUUGCUCUUGGAUUAGAGUCCCAGGUGGAAAAGGUAAUUGAUUGUAUUGAAAAUCAUUCCACCGAUGUCUGUGUGAUAGGGAUAUGGGGAACGGGAGCGUCGGGUAAAACUAUUUUAGCCGAAGCCAUCUAUAAUCGAAUUUAUCGUUCAUUCAUCGGUAAGAGUUUUAUUCAAAAUAUUAGAGACUUUUGGAAUAAAGAAAAUGGAACGUAUGUUCAGUUGCAAGAGUCUCUUCUUUAUGAUGUCUUAAAAUCCAAGUUCAAGGUGGAAAGCUAUUUGAUGGGAAGAACUGUGAUCGAGAAUGAACUUUCUCGAAGAAAGUUGCUCAUUGUGCUUGAUGGUGUGAAUGAGUUUUGCCAGUUAGAAAACCUUUGUGGGAACAGUAAAUGGUUCGGUCAAGGAACAGUGAUAAUCAUUACAACUAGAGAUGUUGGCCUGCUGCUCCAAUUCCAAGUUAAUUAUGUUUAUAAAAUGCAUUAUAACCGAAACGAUUCCUUUGAGCUUUUAAGUUGUUUUGCCUUUUGAGUUAUUGGUAAUUUCUGGUAUCAUUUUUAAUUUCAUUUUCAAGUUUACUCAA